AUGCAGAAACUGCAAGAUAUACCCAACAAUGAAACCCAACCAGAAUCAAAUCAUCAAUUCAAUGAAACCUAUUUAAGAUCAAUAAUAAUAAAUUCAUUAGAUAAUUUAAAUUAUUCUAAUGCAGAAUUUGCCAGUGAAAGAUUAUUAUCAUUAGAUUUACAAUUUCAAAAUCGACAACAAAUUGGAAACCACCAAAUCCAAGUGAAUUUAGAUUCUAUUUAUUUGUAUUGUGUGACUUUGUACAGACAAGAUAAGGUUAAAUCAUGUUAUCGAAAAUUAAUUGACAUUAUUAAUGGGAAUAAUUCACAAAAUUUUGAAAAUAAUGAUGGUGGUGAUUUAAAUAUAGAUACAAAUAAUUUAGUGUCUGAAGGUAAUUUAAAUCAUUUGGGUUGUUUAUUUUUAUUUGGGAAAUGUUGUUUAAAACUAGAAAAUAAAUGCAAAGAUGCAAUAAUUCAAUUCAUUAAAUAUAAACACUUGUACGAAUUCAAUGAUACAAUAUCUACUUCAUUAGAUUCAAAAUUUAAUUAUGAAAAAAAUCGAUCAAUAUUACCAGAUUACGCAUCAGUUUAUCAUUUAUUAGGUGAUUUAUAUUAUGAAAUAAAUGAUAUGAAAUUAAGUUGUUUUAAUUAUUUAAAAUGUUUAAAAUUAAAUCAAUUUGAUUUUGAAGCUUUUCAAAAAUUGAGUAAAAUGGGGGUUGAUAUAAGAAUUAAGAAUAUUUAUAAAUUUCAAAGAAAUUUCAGUGGGAUUCAUCAACAACAACAGCAACAACAAUUAGAGCAAUUUGGUCAAUCACAACAGUACCAGUAUCAACAACAACAACAACAACAACAACAACAUUUUAAAACCCCUCAAACUUUGGGAAAUUACGAAGUACCUGAUUUAACCAACCCAUUUGCAGAUAAACAACAACACCAACAACAGCAACAACAACAAUCACAAGAUCCUAGUAAUCCACUAAGAACUCCAACGAUACAUGUAGAUGAUUUUAAUUUUUCAACACCAAGAAUAAAAAGUGCUUCAAUCCCCGAUGCUCCUUUACGUAAAUCUAAUUUGAACACUGCAGGGAUACAUCAACCACAAAAUUCUAAUUUUAACCAAAAUAAUCAAGAUUUAACAAAUACUUCCAUUACCAAUAAUACUUUUGAGUUUGCAAAACCAAAUUUUCCAGAAAAUAAGAAAAGAAAUAGUGCAACAAAUAUCAAAAAUAAUUAUUCUAAAAUCACAUCAAGAUUAAUUUCUCAACCUUUGAAUAGUCAACAACAACAAACAUCAUCUACAUCUAAUUUGGAAACUCCUAAUAAGAAGAACCUAAAGAGAAAUAAUUCAAUCAUAUUGGAAAAUACAACUAAUACAAACCACAAUAAUUCAACAAAUCUAAAAAAUGUGAACCAGUCAUCAAUAAAUUCAGCACCAAUAAUUCAACAAGUAUCCAAUAUAACCACAAACACAACAACAAAUUCAUCAAUAAUGUAUUUCAAGGAAAUUGAAAAAUCUGAAAUUUAUUUACUUCAUAAAUACCUGAUUUUUGCAAGAGCAUUUAAAAAAUUAUGUAAAUAUGAUUGUUAUAAGGCUAUCAAAAUUUUAGAAAGUCAAUUAUCAAUGGAAGAAAAAAAUACACCAUGGGUAUUAAGUAAAUUAGGUAAAUUAUAUUAUGAAAUAAUGAACUAUAAAAAAUCAGAAAGUUAUUUUAAAAAGUUAAGAGAAAUAGAUAGAACCCGUAUUGAAGAUAUGGAAAUUUUCUCAACAUUAUUAUGGCAUUUACACAAGAAAAUAGAUUUAACAUAUUUAGCUAAUGAGAUUUAUGAUAUAAAUCCAAACCAUCCAAUAACUUGGUGUAUUAUAGGUAAUUUAUUUUCAUUAAAUCAUGAACCAGAUGAAGCUAUACGAUGUUUUAAUAAAUCCAUAAAGUUAAAUUCAAAAUUCAUAUACGCUUACACUUUAAAAGGUCAUGAAUAUUUUAGUAAUGAUAAUUAUGAGAUGUCAUUAGAAAAUUUUAGAAUAAGUUUAUUACUUGAUUCAAGACAUUUCAAUGCUUUAUAUGGUAUUGGAAUGAUUUAUAUGAAUUUAGGAGAUUAUUCAAAAUCAGAUUAUUAUUUUAGAAAAGCAAUUUCAAUUAAUCCAAUAAAUAUAAUUUUAAUAUGUUGUUGUGGAAUGAUUCUUGAAAAAUUAAAUAAAAAACAACAAGCAUUAAAACAAUAUGAACUUGCGUGUAAAUUACAACCAAAAAAUCCAUUACCAUUAUUUAAAAAAUCACAAUUAUUAUUUAGUCUUACAAAUUAUACAGCAGCUAUAAGGAAUUUUGAAAUUUUAAAAAAUUUAGCUCCUGAUGAAGCAAGUGUUCAUUUUUUAUUAGGUCAAUUAUAUAACUUAACAAAUGAAAAAUCAAAAGCUAUUAAAGAAUUUACAACAGCUUUAACGUUGGAUCCAAAGGGUAAUUAUUUGAUAAAAGAAGCAAUGGAAUCAUUAAAUAAUUAG